CGGACGUGCGGCGGGGGUGUAGCUAGCCAGAAAAGGAUAUGUCUCGAAGUUGGACCAGACGGCCAGCCUCUGUGCCGGGGAGGAGACACGAAGUUCUUCUCGUGCCAAACGCAGGACUGUCCCGACGGCGCCCAGGACUUCCGCGCCCAACAGUGCUCGGAGUUCGACGACGUGGCCUUUAAGGGAAUCAAAUACAAAUGGGUGCCAUACACAAAGGGUCCGAACCCGUGCGAGCUGAACUGCAUGCCGCGAGGCGAGCGGUUCUACUACCGGCAGAAGCUGCAGGUCGUCGACGGGACCAGGUGCAGCGAGGAGUCCUUCGACGUCUGCGUAAACGGCACCUGCCAGCCUGUUGGUUGCGACAUGAUGCUAGGGUCGGCAGCGCGCGAGGAUAAGUGCCGGGAGUGCCGCGGGAAUGGCACCAACUGCCACACUGAAGACAACAUUCUGGACACACAGGAUCUCAGGAAUGGAUACAAUGACAUACUUCUCAUACCUGCUGGGGCAACCAACAUUUAUAUUAGAGAAGUCAGAGCAUCCAGUAAUUAUUUAGCGUUAAGAGCGACAACGAACGACACAUACUACCUGAACGGUUACUACCACAUCGACUUCCCUCGAAGCAUAGAGAUCGCGGGGGCGACGUGGCACUACGAGCGAAGCCAGAACGGACUGCCUUCGCCUGACAAACUGAGGUGUUUGGGACCGACGAAUGAAGCGCUUUUCUUAUCUCUUCUCCUACAAGAGCCAAACGUGGGUAUUCAGUACGAGUACAGCAUACCCAAAGCACUAGCGCCACCGCCCAACCAGGAGUACAACUGGGUCCACGAUGAGUUCACGCCUUGCAGCGAAACAUGUGGUGGAGGUAUCCAAACCCGCAACGUUACGUGCCGGACUCGCGAAGAACUAGACGUGGUAGACGACGGACUCUGCAACGAGGCUUUCAAGCCGGACUCCAACCAGACGUGCAACAACAACCCGUGCCCCGCCCAGUGGGUCACAGGCGAGUGGGACAAGUGCACCAAGCACUGCGGCGAAGGGGGCACCAGGCAUCGUCACGUGUACUGCGAGAAGAUCAUCGCGAAUAGAAAUCCAACAGUGGUCGCAAAUAAGGAGUGCUUGGAACUGCUGGGCCCCAUGCCGGCUCAGUUCGAGGAGUGCAACCAUGACGCCCCCUGCCCUACCUGGUUUACCGGACCUUGGAAGCCUUGCGACAAACUGUGCGACGAAGGCAAGCAGACCAGGCAAGUGGUGUGCUAUCAGAAGACGGACGGCCGCGUGGAAGUCUUGGACGACAAGGAGUGCGUGGACGAGAAGCCUCCCGCGGAGCAGGCUUGCAUGCUGCACCCUUGCGAGGGAGUCGACUGGGUCCUCACUGACUGGACUGGGUGCGACAACUGCCUAUCGACAGUGCAAACCCGGAGUGCUGUGUGCGCGACCAAAGACCGAAAAGUGGUAAACUCCACGUUCUGCUCGUAUCAUCCAACUCCGGUGCUGGAGGAACCGUGUGACCGCACCAAGCUACCUCCUUGCGAGGUCCAGUGGUACGCUACUCAAUGGAGCAAGUGUUCGGCAGAAUGCGGCGUCGGCGUGCAAACCCGGCGCGUCUUCUGCGGCAUGUUCGACGGCGAGUCUGUUCUGAAGGUGGCCGACGAACGCUGCGACCAGGAGGAGAAGUACAACGACACCCGGCCCUGCGAGGUCAAGAAGUGCCCCGCCUUGUGGUACGCUGGACCUUGGUCUGAGUGCACAGCGCCCUGCGACGGAGGCGAGCAGUUCCGCCGCGUGAUGUGCUUGAGCGGGACCGAGCCGGCAGUGGACUGCGACAUCGCCUCUGUGCUCGACAGCACGCAGGCCUGCAACUUGAGCCCUUGCAACGAAGAUGAGGUAACGGUUGUGGGACCAAACCCGACCCCCAUCAUGGACGACUACGACGAGGACUGUGAGGACGAGGAGUUCCCAGAGGGCGCGGAAGAGGAUGAGUUCCCAGAGAAGGGCGCUGAAGAGGACUCUUCGCUAAGCACAUUCCCCGAUGAGAUGUUCAGUGACAGUCCAGACAUAUCUGAGUCACCUUCGGAACUCGAGUCAGAAUUCACUCUAGGAUCAGGAGAGGGUUCCGGCUUUAGCUCAACCGAUUCCACAUUAUCAUCAGAAGAAUGGUCUACUGACGAAACUGGUUCCACUGAUGAGACUACUCUUAGCACCGACACAGACGAAACCUCAGAGUCUGGUGCCACUGACUCCAGCUCACUUGUCACUGAGCCAACUGCUGUUAAAAUAUCAGCCUCGUCAGAUGGUUCCGCGCCACCAUCCGGUUCAACCGAAUCAAGUGACGCCACAGGAUCAACCGAGUCGACUGUCGAGAGUUCCUCAUCAAGCGAAUUCGACAUCGACUAUACUGACGAAACUGGGUCUACUGAGUCCAGUGCCACAGACUCGUCUGAUCUCACGACUGUAUCUGGAUCAGAGGAAACCACCGGCUCGACAGGCUCUACUAAGCCUACUGAAUCCAAGCCCACUGAUGCGUCAGGUCCAUCUGAUGGAACUACAGAAUCGGGAGCUACUGAAUCAACUGGAGCAACCGAAAGCACAGUGUCAGGAUCUACUGAUGAAACGGAAACUACAGAGUCUGAAUAUGACGAGGAAACGGAGUCCACUGCGACAGACGAAACGGUUACGGAGGAAACUGAAGCUACUGAUUCGACUUUGUCAUCAGAAUCGUCACCCACUGAUGAAACAUCUGAAUCGUCACCUACUGAUGAAACAUCUGAAUCGAGUACAGAGUCGUCAUUAUCGACAUCAGAAUCUACGGAGGGUACUACUAAAUCGGGAUCAACUGAAUCUGGUGCCACUGACGGUACGACAGAAGCAGGAAGCACUGUUUCUGAUAAAUCUGAUGGAACAGAAUCUACAGAAGAAUCAGGAUCUACUGAUUCGUCCGCAACUACUGAAGCGGGCAGUACAACUGAGUCUGGAGCAACUGAAUCUUCAUCUUCCACCGAGUCCGGGGCCACUGAAUCUUCAUCUUCCACUGAAUCCGGAGCAACUGAAUCAUCAGGCACUACUGAGGUUGAAGCUAGUGGUUCAUCUGAAACAACAGAAGCUGGUAGCACUACUGAAGCUGGUUCUACAGAGGCACCUGGAUCGACAGAAUCAGGCGCUACCGAAUCUGGUUCUACACAUUCGGGCCCUACUGAAUCUGAAUCUACAGAACUUUCAGGAUCAACAACUGAGUCUGGGUCUACAGAAUCUACAUCUGAAGGCAUUACUGAGUCACCUGUUUCUACUGAAACUACGGAAUCUGGUCCAACAUCAGAGGCGGCAAGUGAAGAGACAGGAUCAACUGAAGCAUCCACCACAGAGGGCAGCACUGAGUCUGCGUCCGAAGACACUGGCUCCACGGUGUCGGCCACUGAAGAAACUGGCUCUACUGAAACUGGUAGCACCGAAACUGGUUCGACUGAAACAAGCGAAGAAUCGACUGUAUCCGGUGGAUCAACACCUUGGGACGCGGCGACAACCUUUGGCAUCACCAAAAAGCAACGUUGCAAGGCUCGUGCUGCCAAAUGCACAAAGAGCAAGUUUGGUUGCUGUCCUGACAAGAAGACUCCUGCUGCUGGACCGUUUGACGAAGGUUGUGCCAAUCCAAAGACUUGUAACGAGACGACUCAUGGAUGCUGUCCCGACGGCGUGUCGCCAGCGGCCGGGCCUAAGAACAAGGGCUGUCCCACUGAGCCGUGUGCGGAGACUCUGUUCGGCUGCUGCAAGUCCGACAACAAGACCGCGGCCGAGGGCAACGAGCAGGAAGGCUGCCCGCCACCGCCACCGCCUUGCAAGUCGUCGAAAUAUGGAUGCUGCAAAGACCAAAAAACUGAAGCUACCGGACCAGCCAAAGCGGGUUGCCCUGAAACCGUCGUACAGAAGGGAGAAGAAAAAAAAGAGGGUGAAGAUGCUACCACAACAGUUUCACCUGAAGAUGCUGACUGUAACUCUACCGAAUUUGGUUGCUGCCCUGAUGGCGUGUCACCAGCUGCUGGGGCCCAAAUGGAAGGCUGUGUGAUGUCAUGCAACUCGUCCGCCUACGGAUGCUGUCCCGACGGGGAGACGCCAGCCCAUGGAUACGACUACGAAGGCUGCUGCCUCUUGUACCCACAUGGAUGCUGCCCAGACAACUUCAAGCCUGCUGAAGGACCUCACCUUGAAGGUUGUGGCUGCCAGUACGCCCACUUCGGCUGCUGCCCUGACAACGUCACCAUCGCCGCCGGGCCCCGCAACGAGGGAUGCGGCUGCCAGUACACCGAGCACGGCUGCUGCCCUGACAGACACACGCCAGCCUCCGGCCCCGAAUACGAAGGUUGCGACUGCAGCACAUACCAGUUCGGCUGCUGCGAGGACGGCGUCACCAUCGCCAAGGGCCCCGGCAAGCAGGGCUGCCUCUGCCAGCAGUCCGAGUUCGGAUGCUGCGGCGACGGCAAGACGGCCGCUGUCGGCCCUAACCAGGCCGGUUGCGAUUGUUCCACCAGCAAAUACGGGUGCUGCCCCGAUGGACAGACGCCCGCCAACGGCACUAAAUUCCUGGGAUGCACUGACAAACCUGAAAACAGACAAGCUGCUUGCGCCUUAUCGACCGACCGUGGUUCAUGUUCCAACUACUCCGUGUACUGGUACUACGACCUGCAGUACGGCGGCUGCUCGCGCUUCUGGUACGGAGGCUGCGAGGGCAACGGCAACCGCUUCACCAGCAAGGAGGAGUGCGAGGACGUAUGCGUGCAACCCUCGCCGACAGACGCGUGCAACCUACCAAAGGUGAAGGGCGCGUGUACGGGCUACCACCCGCGCUGGUACUACGACUCCGAGCGCGAGCAGUGCGGCCAGUUCAUCUUCGGCGGCUGCCUCGGCAACGCCAACAACUUCGACUCGCGCGAGCUCUGCCAGAAGCAGUGCGAGCCCGCUAAGAGCGACGACCAAUGCUCGUUACCCAUCGACCGAGGCACGUGCGCGGGCAACUUCCUUCGCUACGGCUUUGACCCGGAAACGCGGCGCUGCGAGCAGUUUGUCUGGGGCGGCUGCGGCGGGAACAACAACCGGUUCGGAUCAGAAGCAGCUUGUCUGCACCAUUGCGCGCCGCCUGGCGAACCUCAGCCCCGCUGCAAAGAGCCGAAAGAAGCCGGCAACUGCACGGAGAAGCAAGCUCUCUGGUCCUUCAGCCAGACGGAGGACCGAUGCGUGCCUUUCUACUACUCCGGCUGUGGCGGGAACGACAACCGGUUCGACUCCCAGUCGAGCUGUGCCGAGGCUUGCCCGAGCUCUUAUGUGAAGGACAUUUGCACGCUGCCCGCGCUCACCGGAGAAUGCGCUGACUAUACCGAGAAGUGGUACUACGACACUUCUAUCCAGAGAUGCCGUCAGUUCUACUACGGCGGCUGCGGCGGCAACGAGAAUCGCUUCGCCACAGAGCAGCAGUGCGAGAGCCAGUGCGCGCGCCCCACCACCACCACAGUGGCACCCAGGCCCACCCCUGCUGCCGACCUCUGCACACUGCCUUCGAUGACCGGCGAAUGUGCCGACUACACUGAAAAAUGGUUCUUCGAUCAAACCAUCAACAGAUGUCGUCAAUUCUACUACGGCGGCUGCGGCGGCAACAACAACCGCUUCGACAGCGAGGCGGCUUGCGCCGCGCGCUGCGGACCAGCGACGGCGCCCACACCCGCGCCCGCGCAGCCCCCCGCUGGACAAGACGUGUGCCAACUGCCGAUGCUGGCGGGCCCGUGCGAGGCUUCCAUCAUGAGCUGGUUCUACGACCCCGCCUCAGACUCCUGCAGCCAGUUCACGUACGGCGGCUGUGAAGGAAACGCCAACAGGUUCGACAGCUUAGAAGACUGCGAGCGGCGCUGCAGGAGCGGUCCCGCGCCGGCUCCGGUCGCCAACGCCACCGCGGCUCCCGCGCCGGCGGAAGAAGUCCCGCCAGCGUGCCGCAUCGCGCCCGCGGCCGACGAGGAGUGUGCCGAAGAAGGCGAGGUCUGGUACCUGGACGUGGAGCAACACGCGUGCGUGCCGCACCACAACGCGGCCGGCGGGAACUCCUGCAGGAGGUCCGGGGUCUUCCUGUCCGAGGAGGCCUGCGAGAGGAGCUGCGGCGCCUUCCGCAACAUUGAGGUGUGCCGCUACCCAGUGGACCCGGGCCCAUGCCGGGCCGCCUUCCCCAAGUUCUAUUACGACGAGGCCCUGGGCAGCUGUGUGGCCUUCAUGUACGGAGGCUGCCACGGCGGGCCCAACCGCUUCUCCACCGUCGACGAGUGCGAGGACGUCUGCAAGUUUGAGAAGGACCCGUGCAAGAGGACACCGAAACCGAUCAACUGCUUCGACUACGUGGAGACGUGGUUCUUCGACGAGUCGCGCGACGAGUGCUUCCAGUACGGCUCCUGCAACCCCGCGGACACAGACAGAUUCGCGACGCGCGAAGAAUGCGAAGGCCAGUGCCGCCGUCAACCGCCUGCCGCCGCCACCACCACCACCACUCUCGCGCCCGCCCUCACCGCGCCGCCAACAGUUGAGAGCGAAUGCACGACGCCGAGCUCGCUUGCGCCAUGCGGCAACAACGUCACAGUGUUCUACUACGAUUCGGAGCGCCGCGAAUGCACGCAGGGGAGCUUCGGCGGCUGCGGACACCCUAACAGCUACCGCACUGAGGAGGAGUGCGAGAGGAGGUGCGGCGCUUUCGUCAACCUCGAUCCGUGCAGAUACCCGCUCGACGUGGGUCUGUGCAACUCGGCCGUGCCCAAGUACUACUGGAAGCUCAGCUCGGGCCGCUGCGAGCCGUUCGCGUACAGCGGCUGCGGCGGCGGGCCCAACCGCUUCUCCUCCGCGCAGGAGUGCCGGGAGGUGUGCGGGGACACCGGCCCUGAGCCGGCGUGCCUGGAGCCGGUGUCGGUGGGACACGCGUGCGAGGCGGCUCCCUCGCGGCGCUGGUACUACGACGAGGCCGCGGGGCUGUGCCUCGGCUUCGUGUACCUGGGAUGCGGCGGCGGCCGGAACAACUUCCGCACCUCGCGCGAGUGCGUGGCGGCCUGCCAGACCAACACCACGGAUGUGGACGGCAACGAAGUGCUACCAGACUGCGACCGCUUCAACGACGAGUGCCGCGCGCUGCGCUGCGAGUUCGGCGUGCAGCGAACGCGCACCGUGGACGGCUGCGAGCGCUGCUCGUGCGUGCGCGUCGAGGUCGACUGCGAGAAGCUGCGCAGAGACUGCGCCGAGCUCAAGUGCCCCUACGGCAUCGCGCGUACUGUGGAUUCUGAUGGCUGUGAGAGAUGCAAUUGCACGAACCACCCGUGUGAGAACAAGGAGUGCGCGGCCGGUGAACGCUGCGUGGCCACGCCAUACCAGGACCCCAUCACGCAGGAUGUCGCGUACACUGCUGACUGCCAUGUCGUGAACAAGCCCGGCCAGUGCCCGGCGGAGGCUCCGGAGUCAGAGGUAGAGGGUCGCUGUCGGCGAGAGUGCAACGACGAUGCCGACUGCCGCGGCGUGGGCAAGUGCUGCGCGCGCGGCUGCAGCCAGCUGUGCCUCGCGCCUGCUACUCCUACCAGCCCCGCGCCCGUCACCACCACCUACUCACCAGAACUACCACAAGCGCCGCAAGCGAACCCGGUGACGGAGCCCGAGGUGACGGCGGCCGAGGGCGGGCGCGCCACGCUGCGCUGCCUGUUCCACGGCAACCCGCCGCCCAAGAUCACCUGGCGCCGCGGAGAGAUCACCAUCGAUGGCGAUGUCGGCCGGUACCGGCUGAUGUCGGACGGCGCGCUGGAGAUCGUGUCGCUGUACCGCAACGACUCGGGAGUCUACAUCUGCGUCGCUGAGAAUGUGCACGGCGUCUCCCAGCAGGAGAUCCGGCUCCAGGUCAACGAUCCGGAGGUGACGCCGGCGGGCAUCUCGGGCGAGCCGAACGCGGUGGUGGUGGGCGAGCUGGGCCGCAGCCUGAACGUGCGCUGCCUGGCCUACGGGCACCCGGCGCCCGCCAUCUACUGGUACCGCGGCCGCGACAUGCUGCCCUACAGCAGCGAGCUGUACGAGGCGCGCGAGAACGUGCUGCAGAUCCGGCGGCUGGAGCUGGACACGCUGGGCGAGUACGCGUGCCAGGCCUUCAACGGGCAGGGCAAGGCGGCCUUCUGGGCCGUGCAGGUGCGCGCCUACGAGCCCGCGCCCGGCGCCGCGCACGCGCUGCUGGUGCCGCGCGAGCGCACCGUGGCCAUCACGCCCGCGCGCCCGCCCGCGCCCACCACGCAGACCACGCCCCCGCCGGAGAUCGAUAUGCCUGUCUACACUGUGCCGGUCAACACGAGCAUCCCGCUCGAGGCGUCGACGCAGGCGCUGGGCUCCGAGCUGAGCCUGCCGUGCGACGUGGACGGGUACCCGCUACCUGAGGUCUACUGGACCAAGGACGGCGCCCGGCUCUCGCCCGAUAGCCGGACGAAGAUCACGGGUGAGUCUCGCAAGAACUGCCAAGGUUUACAACCUUACGAUAGUACGAUUCGAUAGAUAAACAUGAGAAAGAGAGACUAACU